CCCCACGCAGACGACAAACCGCUGACGGAGGCCUACGAGGUGACAGUUGGUGGCACUGGCGGUGGCUCCCGUGUCAUCUCCACGCCUGACCUGGCGCAUUUCCUCGUGCGCUGCCUCAGCACCACCGAGUUCGAUGGGAAGAGCGUCUACGUGUGCGGGCACUACGGCUGAGCGGGGACAGCGGGGGACAUCGUGGGGACAUCGUGGGGACAUCGUGGGGACAUCAGGGGGACGUUGAGGAGACAUCAGGGGGACAUUGGAGGGACACUGGGGGGACAUUGUGGGGAUAUCGAGGGGACAUCGGGGGGACAU